AUGAAGGCAUUUUUUGUAUUAUUGGUCGUUUUUGCAAUCGCCUUUGUGGCUUCUGCUGAAAAUGAGGAGUCAUCAGAGUUUAUCCACGAAAUAGAAAAGAGACAAAUAAUCAAGCCAAUCACAAUAACAGCUAAGCCACCAUUUACCCCAUGUGUAUUUUACGAGUGCAUUGCCAGGUGUAGGCAGCGUGGAUACCGCAAUGGAGGAUACUGCACCAUCAAUGGAUGUCAAUGUUUACGAUAA